AUGUUCUACGCCCACUUUGUGCUCAGCAAACGUGGGCCGCUGGCCAAAAUCUGGCUGGCGGCCCACUGGGAUAAAAAGCUGACCAAAGCACAUGUGUUUGAGUGCAACCUGGAGAGUAGUGUAGAGAGCAUCAUCUCUCCAAAGGUAAAAAUGGCUCUGCGCACAUCUGGUCACUUACUGCUGGGUGUUGUGCGGAUCUACCACAGAAAAGCCAAGUACCUCCUUGCUGACUGCAAUGAGGCUUUCAUUAAGAUCAAAAUGGCCUUUCGUCCAGGGGUUGUGGAUCUGCCUGAGGAGAACCGAGAAGCUGCCUAUAAUGCCAUCACCUUACCUGAGGAGUUCCAUGAUUUUGACCAGCCUCUGCCUGACCUGGACGAUAUUGAUGUUGCCCAGCAGUUUACCCUGAAUCAGUCUCGUGUGGAGGAAAUCACAAUGCGUGAGGAGGUGGGCAACUUGAAUUUGCUGCAAGAAAAUGAUUUUGCUGAUUUUGGAAUGGACGACCGAGAGAUGAUGCGAGAGGAGAGUGCAUUUGAGGUGGACAUUAUCCAUGGAGCUUCUGCUUCGAACCUGCUGCUUGAGCCAGAGUCUGGCAGUGGGCAGAUGACUGAUAAGUCCAACCACCUGGAGUACGACCAGUACAAAGAUGAUUUUGGAGACAAUCCUAUGGAGAGCAGUGAGGGUGGCAUGCUGGUGGACAAGCUCCUUAGUAAUGAGGAUGGGGGUGGCAUUUUUGAUGACCCUCCUGCCAUUACUGAGAGUGUCAUGAUGCCUCAGGAUCAUGGAGGAGAUGACGAUGACGACUUUGACAACCUGUCCCCAGCGGGAGGUCCAGACAGUCCAGACUCUGGGCCUGUGGAGCCGCUCCCAACCAUGACUGACCAGACGGAGCAGACCACCCUGGUGCACAACGAGGAGGAGGCUUUUGCCCUAGAGCCAAUUGACAUCACAGUGAAGGAAACCAAAGCUAAGAGGAAGAGGAAAUUGAUUGUGGACAGUGUGAAGGAGUUGGACAGUAAGACUAUCCGGGCUCAGCUGAGCGACUACUCGGAUAUUGUCACUACUCUGGACCUGGCUCCCCCUACAAAGAAGCUGAUGAUGUGGAAGGAGACAGGAGGGGUGGAGAAGCUAUUCUCCCUGCCUGCUCAGCCUCUCUGGAAUAGCCGGCUGCUUAAGAUGUUCACACGGUGCCUGACCCCUCUUGUGCCAGAAGAGCUGAGGAAGAGGAGGAAGGGUGGUGAGGCAGACAGCCUAGAUGAGUUCCUCAAAGACCUGGAGAACCCUGAGGUGCCCAGAGAAGAGGUACAGACACAGCAGAGAGACAUUAUCGACCAGACCAUCCUAGAGGAGCCGAGUGUGUUGCAGGCCUCUGCCAUGGAGGGCAGUCGUACCACCUUGGACGAGUCAGUCAUGCCUCCUCCUUCUGGCCACCGCGGCCAGAAACGAAAGGCACAGGACACAGAGCCUGCCUUACCUAUGCUGGAGGAUGACCGCUCCUCUAUCGUGUCAACGCGACUCAACAUGCAGCAAGUGGAGCUCCCUCCAGAAGAGCCUCCUAACAUCUCACAGCUCAUUCCUGAGCUCGACCUUCUUGGAGAGAAGAGCAAAGACAAGAAAGAUGAUGAUGAUGAUGAAGAGGAGGAGGAGGGCCAAGGCGGUGACCAGGACCAGGAGGAGAGGAGAUGGAAUAAGAGAACCCAACAAAUGCUACAUGGCCUGCAGAGGGUGAUUGCCAAGACUGGAGCAGAAUCGAUCAGCCUGCUAGACCUUUGCAAGAACAACAACAAGAAGCAAGCAGCAGCCAAGUUCUAUAGCUUUUUGGUGCUGAAGAAGCAGCAAGCAGUGGAGCUAAACCAGGCUGAGCCCUACAGUGACAUCAUCGCCACUCCUGGCCCCAGAUUUCACAUAAUAUAGAUUACCACUCCAUGCAGUUAAGUGACAUUACACUGGCAGGUUUUAUUCUUUUGUUGUUUUUGUUUGUAUAUGAUGUUAUGUUGAUGUCCAUGUGUGUUUUUAAUGCAACCUACAUGUGCCGUCUGUCUCUGAAGUAAAAGAUGGAUUUUUAUGUCAGAUCAGAUUUUGGAUCUCUUAUUUUAUAGAACUAUGUUGCAUUCACAUUGCAUAACUAUGGACACUGCAGAGCAACAGUAGUUUGUGGCUUUCAGCACACCUUUGAAAAAUGAUGCUUUUAACUUUAAAGAGGUUUUAUUCUGCGUCCUUUCUAAUAAGUAUUCACUAAUAAUCUUUUUUUUCAUCUAACAUUUCUAAUUUAUGUUUUUGUGAAUGGACUAAGUCCACUCGUUUUGCAUGCUCCAAAUAGGAUAUGUUGCCUGACAUUAAAUGUUUUUUGUGCAUUCUUGUUAGACUGAUGGUCCUCUGCAUAAGCUAUCAAGUAACAACUUAAGUGCUCCAAAAUAAUAAUAAUGGGAUGAGUACUGAAAGUAGUCCAGUCAGGAAAGAAGAAUGAAAAGUGAGUUGAUUUACCUGAGUUAGAAGCUGCCCAUGUCAUUAAAAGUGGAGCAUGUUUUUCUUAUAAGGUUUACAUGAAAAUGGUCAUUGGUUCAGAGUUCUCAGAGCAUGAAUGUUAUAAACAUGCACCAAAGGGCAGCUUCGAAUUUGUCAUCCAGACAAAGCUGAAAUGAGACUGAUUGUUAUUUACUGUGAUAUGCAUUAGUUUAAUGCUCUAUUGAUAUUGUGCCAUUUGUUUUAAACCUGUUUCUAACCCUUAUCCAUUGUGCAAGCACUCUGGAAAAUUGUUGUUUUUGUCAUUUGAUGCUAGCCUUACAUAUGAAAAGCCCAAACAUUUUAAAAAUGUUACAGAAAUGACAACUGUUUGUUUUUAUAUUCUACCUUAUGUGAUAAAUGUAAUCAUGUCAUGUACAUCUUUUAUUCAGACUUGCCUUGUAAGCUUCCAUUCUGUUUAUAUGAAAAACUGUUGAAAAUACUAAGUAUUACUGUCACUUUUUGUUAUUGAUAUGCCUGUAGCCCUGAACUGAUACAUAUGUGUUAUCUAAUUUUUGUAAUAAAAUGUUGGAAAGAAAUAA